UUUGACUAGUUUCUUCAGAGCCUUUUCUACUGUAUAGAAUACGUUUGGCCGCCUUGCGCACAAGAUGGACCUGACUAAAACUUACAUCUUAUUGAACUGACAUUUGAAAGAAUGGCCCAAAACAGAGCAAUGAAAUCCGGUUUAGCUGCUGAAGCUCAUGAGAGGAUUCAGAAAAAAUUCGACCCACAGUUAGCUGGUACGAUGCUGGAAUGGGUGAAAGAAGUUACUGGACUGGACAUCAAUACAAGCGGAGAAAGUGGAGAAUUCCAUGAGGUGCUAAAAGACGGUCAAGUACUAUGCAGGCUUAUUAACUCACUCCAACCCGGAACAAUUCCAGAGAAGAAAAUAAAUACCUCCCAAUUAGCUUUCAAACAGAUGGAGAACAUUAACUACUUUCUAGAAGCUGCUCAAAAGCUGGGCGUGACUACUCAAGAAUGUUUCCAAACCGUGGAUUUAUGGGAACAGCAAAACCUUGCAGCUGUUGUAACUUGUCUUGAAUCACUAGCACGAAAGGGCUCCAAGUUUGGACAAAAGGCCUUAGGACCCAAAGAAGCAGAUCCUAACAUCAGAGAAUGGACAAAGGAACAACUGAAGGCAGGUGAUUCCAUUAUAAGUCUUCAGUAUGGGUCCAACAAGGGUGCAAAUGCCAGUGGUAUUAAUUUUGGCAACACACGUCACAUGUAGAUAAAAAAAAAUAAAAAAAUUGCAGAAAUGAGUUAAUACAAAAUGACAUAUUUGGUGUCACACAUCUUUCACAAAAAGGAAUGUGCAAAUUUCUAUUCCUUCUCUUAAGUGCUUUUGUUUAUUUGCAGUUUUCAUUUAUGUUCUAACUCUUUGAUACAUAUAUUUUCUACAGUCUUACUUGAAAAAUAUUUCGAACUGACUAAUUUAAUCUUAAAUGUACUGUCAAGUUUGUGUUUAAAAUUUAAAAAAUAAAUUUUUUGAUGAAUAUAUUAAACAUUAGUUAAGAUAAAUGUACAUUCUUUGUGUUUUGAAUGUUCUGUUUUUAUUUUCAUGUAUUUUCUCUCAUGUAUUAAUUCUAUUGUCCAUUGUGAUAAAAAGAACGAAAAUUUUUUAUUAUUUGUUUAAAUGUGCUAUUAUUUUAUUUAUGAAGUUUGGACUAAUCAAUGCAUGUUGUAUUUUAUUUUGUAUAAAAUCUGUUUAACGUUAAGCAUUUUACCACGGGAAUGUAUUUUGCACAACAUAUUUUGUUUAGAGAAAUGGACCAAUUUAUAAAAUAUGUCUAACAUGUUGAUACAAUACCAGUAUUUGUUUACUAAACUUGUAUACAAAGACUAUCUUUCAAAUGUGGAAUAGUAAAUAUAUAAUUAUUUCUGAAAGCAAAAAAAAAAAA